CUGCUUACACUGAGGAGGAAGAACGAGAGAGGAUUGCGUGUGCGUGCGUGUGUGUGUGUGUCUGUGUCUGUGUACUUUCUUUCCGGUGGUGGUGGUGGAGGGAGGGGGUGCUAGCAGGGCCAGCCCUGAACUCGCUGGACAGAGUUACAGACCCAUGGGGCCUGGCAGUGCCUGCUGAGCGGGAGAAGACAGCAGAGGGGUUGCCAAGGCACUCUCUGAACUCCAGAUCAUGUCUCUGUGGGGUCUGGUCUCCAAGAUACCCCCAGAAAAACUGCAGCGGCUCUAUGUUGAUUUUCCCCAACACCUGCGGCGUCUGCUGGGUGACUGGCUGGAGAGCCAGCCCUGGGAGUUCCUGGUCGGUGCAGAUGCCUUCUGCUGCAACAUGGCCAGCGCCCUACUUUCCUCCACUGUCCAGCGCCUUCAGGCCUCAGCUGGGGAGCAGGGGGAGGGGAGCACCAUUCUGCAACACAUCAGCACCCUGGAGAGCAUAUAUCAGAGGGACCCACUGAAGCUGGUGGCCACUUUCAGACAAAUACUUCAAGGGGAGAAAAAAGCUGUUGUGGAACAGUUCCGCCACUUGCCAAUGCCCUUCCACUGGAAGCAGGAAGAACUCAAGUUUAACACAGCCCUGCGGAGGCUGCAGCACCGAGUGGGGGAAAUCCGUCUUCUCCGAGAAGCCCUGCAGCAGGGGGCUGAAGCUGGCCAAGUACCUCUGCACAGCUUGAGAGAAACACCUGCCAAUGGGACUGGGCCAAGUGAGGAGCAGGCUGAGGAGGCAGUGUGUGGCCCUGGCUCAGGUCAUCCCUGCCCACAGGCCCUGGCCACGUUGCUGCAGGAGACCAUCGGUGAGCUGGAGGCUGCCCAGGCCCUGGUGCUGAAGAGGAUCCAGAUUUGGAAACGGCAGCAGCAGCUGGCAGGGAAUGGUGCACCCUUUGAGGAGAGCCUGGCUCCACUACAGGAGAGGUGUGAGAGCCUGGUGGACAUUUAUUCCCAGCUGCAGCAGGAGGUGGGGAUGGCUGGCGGGGAGCUUGAGCCUAAGACGCAGGCAGUGCUGAUCAGCCAGCUGGAUGAAGUCCUGCGAACCCUUGUCACCAGCUCUUUCCUGGUGGAGAAGCAGCCCCCACAGGUUCUGAAGACUCAGACCAAGUUCCAGGCUGGGGUUCGAUUUCUGCUGGGCCUGCGGCUCCUGGGGGCCCCAUCCAAGCCUCCACUGGUUAGGGCUGACAUGGUGACCGAGAAGCAGGCGAGGGAGCUGAGCAUGGCCCAGGGACCUGGGGCUGGAGUAGAAAGCACGGGGGAAAUCCUCAACAACACCGUGCCACUGGAGAACAGCAUUCCUGGGAACUGCUGCUCUGCCCUCUUCAAGAACCUGCUUCUGAAGAAGAUCAAGCGGUGCGAGCGGAAGGGCACGGAGUCUGUUACGGAGGAGAAGUGUGCCGUGCUGUUCUCCACCAGCUUCACACUUGGCUCCAGCAAGCUCCCCGUCCAGCUGCAGGCCCUGUCUCUGCCUCUGGUGGUCAUUGUCCAUGGUAACCAAGACAACAAUGCAAAAGCCACCAUCCUGUGGGACAAUGCCUUCUCUGAGAUGGACCGUGUGCCCUUUGUGGUGGCUGAGCGGGUGCCCUGGGAAAAGAUGUGUGAAACUCUGAACCUCAAGUUUAUGGCUGAGGUGGGGACCAACCGGGGACUACUGCCAGAGCACUUCCUCUUCCUGGCCCAGAAGAUCUUCAAUGACAACAGCCUCAGCAUGGAAGCCUUCCAGCACCGUUCUGUGUCCUGGUCACAGUUCAACAAGGAGAUCCUGCUGGGGCGUGGCUUCACAUUUUGGCAGUGGUUUGAUGGUGUCCUGGACCUCACCAAACGUUGUCUCCGGAGCUACUGGUCAGAUCGGCUGAUCAUUGGCUUUAUCAGCAAACAGUACGUCACUAGCCUUCUUGUCAACGAGCCUGAUGGAACCUUCCUCCUUCGCUUCAGCGACUCAGAGAUUGGAGGCAUCACCAUUGCCCAUGUCAUCUGGGGCCAGGAUGGCUCCCCGCAGAUAGAGAACAUCCAGCCAUUCUCUGCCAAAGACCUGUCCAUUCGCUCACUGGGGGACCGAAUCCGGGACCUUGCUCAGCUCAAAAACCUCUACCCCAAGAAACCCAAGGACGAGGCUUUCCGGAGCCACUACAAGCCUGAACAGAUGGGUAAGGAUGGCAGGGGUUAUGUCCCAGCUUCCAUCAAGAUGACUGUGGAAAGGGACCAGCCACUUCCCACCCUGGAGCCCCAGAUACCUUCCAUGGUGCCCACAUACGAUCUUGGAAUGGCCCCUGAUUCCUCCAUGAACAUGCAGCUUGGCCCAGAUACGGUGCCCCAGGUGUACCCACCACACGCUCACUCAUAUCCAGCCCUACCCCUGGAAGAAUCAGUCAGUGUGUUGCCAACCUUCCAGGAACCUCACCUGCAGAUGCCCCCCAGCUUGAGCCAGAUGAGCCUGCCCUUUGACCAACCUCUCCCUCAGGGCCUGAUGCCAUGCCAGUCUCAGGAGCAGGCCGUGUCCAGCCCUGAGCCCCUGCUGUGCUCAGAUGUGACCAUGGCAGAAGAUAGCUGCCUGAGCCAGCCAGUUGGAAGUUUCCCUCAGGGCACUUGGGUCAGUGAAGACAUGUUCCCACCCUUGCUGCCUCCCACUGAACAGGACCUCACCAAGCUUCUCCUGGAGGGGCAAGGGGAGUCAGGGGGAGGGUCCUUGGGAGCCCAGCCUCUACUUCAGCCCUCCCCCUAUGGGCAGUCUGGGAUCUCAAUGUCCCACCUGGACCUAAGGGCCAACCCUAGUUGGUGAUCCCAGCCAGAGGGGGAACCCAGAGACAGCUCUUUCACCCCCACAGACCUGCUCUGGACAGCUGCCCAUGCUCCUGCCAGCAGCAGGUGGGGUGCCCCCCACCCCCACCUACUCCCUGGCCAAGAGGAAGACUGCCAUAAGAAUGCACAGUGGGUGGAGCCCAUCCACAUCUUCCUUCCUUCCUACCACACACCCGUCCCCACCUUCCAGAACUGGAAGAGAAAUGCAGGUUCUAAAGUGAGACACACCACAGCACGCCUGCACAUGCAGAACACACAGCUCUCCUUGGAAGAUGGGAAUGAGCAGGAAGGGGGCUAGGCAAGAGCACAGUUUAGGGCAUGGAGGGCCUCUCCACCCUCUCCCAGCCAGGGCCCAGGCUGCCUGUGUAGAAACAUGCAGACAUGUGCACAUUUGCAGUAGAUAGGAUGGAGGGAUGACUCCCAGCCUGGGGUGAUGGGAAGCAGUACAGGACACCCUGGGUGGGAAGAGGGGGAGGGUCUGUGCAUCUGGUUACUGAUGUGGGUUUUGUCCAGAUUAAAAAACAAAUCCCAAACAGCCCCAAAUUACUGUCAGUCAGAUGUUUGGUUAUGUGUAGGUGAUUGGGCAGAAGUACAAGGGCUGUUUGUGCAUAGGUGUGUGAAAGUGUGUGUACCUGAGACAUGUUAAUAUAGAGAUGUUCACGUUACUUGUAUGGCCACAUAGAAAACAUGUCCGAUUUUGCCUGAGUGACACCACAAGUUUGGAAGUAUAAGACACUGCACACACACCAAGUGAGUGUGCUUGCCUCUUUGAUGUAUGCUAACUGCAAUGUACUCAGCUUUGAGUAUGGCUUUGUCCAGCUGGGUCUAUGUGGCUGUGACAUCUGUAUGUGGCUGCAGCUUCAGUGGCCAAUCUUGCAUGGAGAUAGUGGGUGAGUCUGGGGCCCAGGCUCGUGGUCCUCUCAGUGUAUGAGGGGGCCUACCCACUGCUUCCUUCCUAUUCCCCAUCCUUCUUGCCAGCUUCCUUCCAUUCCCCCAUCCCAUACCACCCUUUCUCCCUCUUUGUGGUGGGGGGUCAUAGAUCCUAAGCCAUAAAAUAAAUUUUAUUUCAAAAUAACAAAA